AUGAGGAUGGUCUGGAGAGUAGAUUGCCUUCCCAAUGGAGACCAUAUUAACCAGCCCAUAGUGCUGGCUUCAGGGAACAGCUCUUCUCAUCCUGUGUCCCUCAUCCUGCUUGGAAUCCCAGGCCUCGAGAGUUUCCAGUUUUGGAUUGCCUUUCCGUUCUGUGCCAUGUAUGCUGUGGCUAUUGUUGGAAAUAUCACUCUCCUCCACGCAAUCAGAAUUGACCACACCCUGCAUGAGCCCAUGUACCUCUUUCUGGCCAUGCUGGCCAUCACUGACCUGGUCCUCUCCUCCUCCACUCAACCUAAGAUGUUGGCCAUAUUCUGGUUUCAUGCUCAUGAGACUGAGUACCAUGCCUGCCUCAUCCAGGUGUUCUUCAUCCAUGCCUUUUCUUCUGUGGAGUCUGGGGUGCUCAUGGCUACCCUGGACCACUAAGUGCUUAUCUGCUUCCCACUCCGACACUCUAGCGUCCUGACCCCAUCAGUCGUGAUCAAACUGGGGACCAUCGUGAUGCUGAGAGGGCUGCUGUGGGUGAGCCCCUUCUGCUUCAUGGUGUCUAGGAUGCCCUUCUGCCAACACCAAGCCAUUCCCCAGUCAUACUGUGAGCACAUGGCUGUGCUGAAGUUGGUGUGUGCUGAUACAAGCAUAAAUCGUGGGUAUGGGCUCUUUGUGGCCUUCUCAGUGGCUGGCUUUGAUAUGAUUGUCAUUGGUAUGUCAUACAUGAUGAUUUUGAGAGCUGUGCUUCAGUUGCCCUCAGGUGAAGCCCACCUCAAAGCUUUUAGCAUAUGUGCCUCCCAUAUCUGUGUCAUCUUGGCUCUUUAUAUCCCAGCCCUUUUUUCUUUCCUCACCCACCGCUUUGGCCAUCAUGUGCCCCAAGUUGUACACAUCCUGUUUGCUAAUCUCUAUCUACUGAUACCUCCCAUGCUCAACCCCAUCAUUUACGGAGUUAGAACCAAACAGAUCAGGGACAGGGUUAUCCAAGGAUGUUGUGGAAACGUCCCCUGA